UUCCACUUCAUAUAUAUUUUAUUAUUUGAUGUUUUUUUUUUAUUAAUUAAGUCCUAAUAAAAUAUUAUUUAGUUUAUCAGCUAAUUAGUAUUCGCCGUUUAUGCAGUAGUAUAAGCUAGUAGACAGCUGCUUACUGUAAAUAUUUGAGCAAUUUACCGUCAAUACUUUAGAAUUAAAGCGAAUGUACGAUGUACUACACGUGUUUAUUGUUAUUAAUAAAGUUGUAUUUAUGUCACGCCUACAAAGUGUUGGUGGUAUUCCCAAUACCGUGGAAGAGCCAUUACAUUCUCGGAGAAGCUACCGUAUGGCAUUUGGUCAAGGAUGGACACGAGGUGACUUACCUCACACCUUCUCCGAUAGAAAAUGCUCCGAAAGGACUUCGACAAAUCGACAUAUCCGCAAGUAGUCGGUUUUUCCCUAAAGGCCGCUUCGAUAUUGUUUCUUUGAUAAACAAAAAAGGACACGUUAUGACCCAAGAACAGAAGAUCAGGACAACUCAUGAUUAUCUUGUGAAGAGUUUAGAGUUAGACAAUGUUCAGAAUUUCAUCAACGAUUCCAACGAACAGUACGAUGUUGUGGUAGUUGAAUGGUUACACACAGAAACAAUGGCUGGUUUUGCUUCACUAUUUAACUGUCCUUUGAUCUGGGUUUCAACAAUGGAAGCUCACACAUUAGUUCUGUCUCUUAUAGAUGAGCACUUGAAUCCUAAUUAUAACGUUCUUUUCUACUCUACAAACUUCUCUAGAACAUUUUGGAAUAGAGCUAAACAGUUAUGGUCUCUAACUAAAAUACUAUUCUACACCUGGUAUAGACAAAAUCAAGAAAACGAGGAUUUUAAAAACAUUUUUGGAUCAGCAAUCCUGAAAAGAGGAAGAGAAUUACCAUACUUUAGAGAUGUUAAAUAUAACGCUUCCUUGAUGUUUGGAAACUCUGAUGUUGUAACGGGGGACGCAAUAUCUUUACCACAGAACUAUAUUCACAUAGGAGGCUAUCAUAUAAAAGAACCCAUAGAACCGUCUCCCUCAUUCGAUUUGAAAGGUCUGAUGGACGAAUCAUCGAACGGCGUAAUUUAUUUUAGCUUAGGUUCAUCGCUGAAUAUAACAAGAAUACCAAGAUAUUUAAAAAAAGGUAUACUUAAGAGCCUCGGUGAAGUAGACCAAACUGUGAUAUUAAAAAUGGAUCAUAUUCCAGAAGAUCAGCCCAAAAAUGUUCAUACCGUUCCUUGGGCACCUCAACAGUAUAUUUUAGCACAUCCUAACUGCCAACUCUUUAUAACUCACGGGGGUCAGCUGUCGAUUAUUGAGACACUGUAUUUUGGAAUACCUAUAAUUGGAAUUCCAUUAUUUGCUGAUCAAUACAAUAAUGUUAAUAGAGCCGUUGCUAAAGGAUUCGGGAAACAGAUUGAUUUCAACUCUAAUACACCGGAAGUUUUGAAGAACACAAUAAAGGAAAUGAUGACUAACUCCAGCUAUCGAGCCACAGCGAAACACUUAUCGUCCCUCUUCAUCAGAAGCCCAACUCCAGGCCAAAGGCUUGUAAAAUCCGUAGAACUGGUUGCAAGAACUGGUGGAGCGCAACAUUUACGCUCUGUCGCAUUAAAUGUGCCUUUGUACCAAAAGCUUUAUUUAGAUCUGAUAUUAGUGUUCAUAAUUGGUGUCCUCGGUUUUUUGUUUGUAAUAACAUAUCUGUAUCAUUUUGUUACCAAUAUACGGAGACCUAAAACAUUAAAGAAAAAAGAUUAACGCAUGUAAACUA